CUCUUUGUUGCAAAAUGUUUUGUAUAUUAAAAAAGAAAAACUCUGCUUCACGGGGUCCUAAAGUUUAACACAUAUCAGUGCAAACAAACUUUGCACCAAAGAGAGGCAACUAAGAGCAACUACUGCAUUGCACCGUGGUGUGAGUAAAUCUGCGUGACUCUGUCCCUCAUUUCAGAGAGCGCUUUGAUGUCAGUGGAAUAAGCUGCAGCUCAUUGAAGGAACAUCAAAGAUACCCCCCACCCCACCCCAGCUUCACAACCAUGCGCUGCUUUGAAACAUGUUUGGAAAUGCCGUGGGGUUCCCGUUAUCUUUUUCACAAUUAAAGGCUUAUUAACCGCCUGUUAAUACUAUCAAUUAUUCCAGAAUGUGAACAGUAACUUUGGGGAUCAAGGGCGUAGCUAUUUGGAAUUUGUGAUUUGAAGAAAGGGCAUCAUAAUGCCUCUUUUCUUCAGGUUGAGCCCUCUCAUUCUGCUUUCAGAUCACUGAUUAAACUCCCUUUGUUUGUUUCUUUAAUUUGACCUCUCAGCACUUGUCUGGUGUCAUGCCCGCAUUAGAUUGGUGUUGGGGUUUUUUCUACAGUCAUCUUUGCUGCCCUUCAGCAAGUGUGCACAUAGGUGUGAUGGAAGCAGCCUUAAAGUGCUUAAUUUGCAUGGUUUGUUACGUUCCAUUGUUUCACUAUGUAUUUUGUAUCGGAAGCUCUCUAAGCUGAAUGAUGUCAGCAUGCCUUUUAAGCUAUUACAUCUGAUGACAUCAUCUACUGUGUGUAUAUAUAUUGUUGUGUUUUACAAAGUUCUCCAUAGCUGCGGGAUGCACUGACUAUGGGAAUCAGUAGCAUUGUUAUAAUUUGAAUCACUGUGUCUAACAUUCACUCACCCGUCUAAGUGUUUGGACCCAUUACUAUUCCAGUCAUCUCAGUUUGUGAAGUAAUUCUAAUAAUAUUUUGAUUAAAUAUGUUUGAGAUCUUCUCAGUAUAAAAUCAAUAUGCCCAUCUCACCCAAACACACAGCACAACAAAUUGUUUUAUACUUAAUAUGCUUAGAUGUGUUACUUAGUUUGUGUUGUGGUUUUUGCGGCUGCUUCAAAUGGCACUGUCAUAUUAGGCAGCUUAAUAAUAGAAGAAAUAGUUAACUGUGAUCUUGUGGAUGGAGGAGCAACUUUUCCUGCGUCCAGGCUGGCCUAUUAGAAGCGCGUACCUAGCAGCCAAUCACAGGCACUCACUCCUCAGCUCCUCUAAUCGUGGAUUAGCCACAACCGACUGCAGUCUACAGCUCUGGGAGUGAAAGGUAGUCACUGCCAUUCAGCCUCGGUUUUAUUAUUAGCUCUCUUGGAUUUGGCAGCAGAUUUUUUUUCCCCUCUCUCUUUCUCUCUCUCUCUCAGCAGCAGCGACUUCUGCGUUGCGCAACCAAGUAGGCUGCACAUUUUGGGAUCUCAGGUAAAGGUGUGGGAUUACCGAAGAGACAAGCGACCAAAUACUUAGAAGCUGCUAUAGUAGGUCAGGUAGGACUCGAUCCAUGGCCCUUUAAUUUAAACCCACAACGUAGUAACGCCGCUCCGUUUAAAGCACCGCUCCGUUUUCGCUUCCCGAUGUUCAAGACGGCCAAUUACCCGAGCGUGGAUCCUGCGCCCACCAUCAUGCACGGCACUUGGUUUACCACGGGAUGCCGAGAAAACACGCCCGUGGCGGUGGAGAAACCUAAGAAAAAGGCGUUCAGCUUGGUCAAAAUAAUGUCUCUGAACAACAAGAAGGGGCACGGCCAGCAUCCGCACAAUAACAACAACAACACCAUGCCUUUUACGAUCCACUGUCAUUUCGGGAAAGAGAUAAAGCACAUUUGCAGCAAUUGCAGCCGCGGAAACGACACACAGGACGCGGAGGAAGUAGAGAGGCUUGCCGCCAUGCGCUCGGAGUCCUUGGUCUCUGGUACCCACACUCCACCCAUCCGUCGGCGGAGCAAGUUUGCAACUCUGGGGCGGCUCCUCAAGCCCUGGAAAUGGAGAAAGAAGAAGAGCGAGAAGUUCAAGCAGACAUCAGCUGCUUUGGAGAGGAAGAUGUCAAUGCGACAGAGCAGAGAUGAGCUUAUCAAGAGAGGAGUGCUGAAGGAGAUCUUUGAAAAAGCAACCGUUGAAUUCCGAUCCUCAAUGGAUGGCAGCGUCUGCACUCAGGAGCCCUCUAUGAAAUCGUCGAUGGUCUUGCCCACUAAGAAAUCUGUUGGCUAUCCAGGUGACCAUCAGGACAACCCUGCCAAACCACCGCUUUACCAUAAACAGCCUCCUGCUCUCCCCCCAAAGCCUUUCUCUAGGAUCCCAAACCACAGCACAGAUUCUUGCCAGCCAAUGAAGUUGCCCUGUAUGCCUGGGGGAAAGCACUCUCCACCUCUGCCACCCAAGAAAGUGAUGAUUUGCGUGCCUCCAGGGGGGCUGGACUCCUCCUCAUCCUCCCCUUCUCCAUCCCCCAACCCCCUCAACACUCUCCCACAAAAGUCUGCCCCUCCCCAGGGCAUGCCUUCCCUACAUGGCACCUUACUGCCCUCCCAGCUUGUCGGUCUAGCCGGUCUACACCAGAGCCACGGUCACCCGCUCCAGCUUCAGUACGGCAGCUUACACGCCCCCAGUCGGAUCAUCGAGGAGCUCAAUAAAACCCUGGCACUCUCCAUGCAGAGGUUUGAAAGCUCUGCUCUGCACGGCGGUGGUCAGUGUGCCCCCUUAGAAAGAAGAGAAGUGCCAUCUGUGAUCAUCGACUACGAGGACGAUAAGGAGAACCUGCCUAAUGAAUCUGACUAUGAAGAUCUACCCAGCAUGUAUAAGGAUGAGGAUGAUGAUGUGGAUGACGAUGAAGACGAUGAUGAAGAUGACGACUCAAUAUUUACAAGUACACUGGCUCAGAAGGUACUAAGAAAAGACUCUUUGGCCAUCAAGCUGAGUAACCGUCCAUCUAAGAGGGAACUGGAGGAGAAAAACAUCCUGCCCAUGCAGACAGAUGAGGAGAGACUGGAAUCUAGGCAGCAGAUAGGCACCAAACUCACAAGACGCUUGAGUCAGAGACCCACAGCUGAGGAGCUAGAGCAAAGGAACAUCCUCAAACCUCGCAAUGAGCAGGAGGAAAUGGAGGAGAAAAGGGAGAUAAAACGAAGGCUCACGCGAAAGCUGAGCCAGAGGCCCACUGUAGAGGAACUGAGACAGGCCAAAAUCCUCAUUCGAUUCAGUGACUAUGUGGAGGUGUCAGAUGCCCAGGACUACGACCGGCGGGCAGAUAAGCCCUGGACCCGGCUCACUGCAGCUGAUAAGGCAGCUAUAAGGAAGGAACUCAACGAUUUCAAGAGCAACGAGAUGGAAGUGCACGAAUCAAGUCGCCAUUUAACCAGGUUUCACAGACCAUAGUAGACCACCACUGUCUCGAGCAGUGCCCAACCGGCGCUCUCCUCCACUGAGAACCUUAAGUGCUGGACAGUAAAAUGGUGCCCGUUUCUACAAUAAGGCCAUGUCUUCUGAAAUGCCUUUUCAAGUCCCACACAACUGAGUCGGUACUACGCCACAAGACGCAGACACCCACUACUCCAUCCAUGUAGUAGCACACAAAGACUCCAGCCGAUUCACAUUGCCCCCGCCCUGUGUGGAAUUUGCUCGACUAUCUCUAAAACCUCUCUGCUGAGCUCUCAGGCAGGCACUCAGUUCUGUGGCGAUUGGAUAGCAGACCAGUUUUCUCGUUUGCGAUUGAUUGGCACACUUGUGUCAUCUACCGAGGGUAACUGUACCUUGGUAUGUCAAUAACACCAGUAGACUUGUCUCAGUGGACAUGUUUUUAUUCCUCUUCUUUAUUACGCUGUCACACCAGACUCCUCUAGCCCUUACGGACAGCUUUUGUGCCAGGAUGCAGGGUUGAUUGUUCUGAGCUCACUAUGUCAUCAGAAGCUCCAUCAUUACUACACCUGCUGGGACUUUGGAAACAGCUUAGAGAAACAGGAGGAAGGGCGGGAGGGAAGGAGGCGUCCAACAUUAAAAUCAUGUGCAAUACUUUUUUUUUUUUUUCCUUCUGCUUUUCUUAGACUAUAGCACCCCCUGGAGUGUCCUCUAUGUCGUUACUAUGUAGUCCUGACUUCUUUCAUGCACUUCUCACUGUACCGAAAAUGCUGACAUUUAAUUGCUAACUGUGAAUUUAAGAGUUGGGGCUAACGCCUGUACUGUCUCUCUCUUUAAUGUAUAUUUUGUUUAUACUGAAGAAGGUCGAAUUUAAAGAAGAAUCGCGUUUAACUGCAUUUUAUUCAUGUGGGUCUUAUAAAUUUACUGUCAAAAUUUGCAGCUGGUGGAUAUUUUCUGGUUUCCAGUGUGUGCAAGAAUGACCUGUUUUGUAUUAUUUUGACAGUGUUAACUGUUUUUUUGUUUUUUUUUGUUUUUUCUAGAGGCGCUCGGCUCAUAAACGAUUAAUUUACAUCUUUACAUGUCAGUGCUUUGAUGUGUGUGAUUUAUAUCAAGAGAUGACUCACCACAUGUCUCUUUUUCUUUUGCAGAAGUGUGUGAAAUGAUCUUUGCUCAUAACGUGCAUUGUAUUAUACACUUUACUUUUAUACUUGUGUCACCCAAGCUUUUGACGAAGCAAUACCCAGUGUUUAUAGAGAAAAGGUUAAACUGCAGGUGUACCCCCCCACACACACAUCAUUGUUUUUUACUGUGCGUACAUACUAUGCCUACACUUCAGGGUUUAAAGUUUUCUUUUAUACCUUACUUUAAAAAAACAAAAAGAGAAAAAAAAAAGGCUUUAUUCUGGGGGACUUUUUCAGCAAUUUUCUUGACUGAGCCACCUGAAAAUCUGCCUCUUUGACAGCUUUACCGACACAUUCGGACAAGAUUUGAUGGAACUCUCAACGAAAAAGGAUGCAUUCUCUAUUUCAAAAGAUUUGAGCACUGAUUUUAGUGUAUUCACUGAGUCAGGAUUUUUAAAUAUUUUUAUUCCUAAAUAUAGUUUGCACUGUUAAGAGUGUGGCUUUAAAGUGGCCGUUGUUUCAAGGUAAAGUCCAAAUGUGUAAAGUAUUGUUGGAUUUCUGAGGUGUAACCAGUGUGUCUCUUCACUUCAGUGGUCUUUGUUACCUGAUCAGCCACCCUUCACCAGUAGUCCAGUGCUCACGAGCUUUAUGUGCACAGAAUAUUUUCAUUAUUUUCUACUGUAUUGCUUUUAAAGUUGCAAUAUGAAAUUGUCAGAUGAAGAAACAGUGGAGUUGAACGGCUGCCGGUCGCCUUUUACAAUAAAUCUGUCUGCAAAUUAACAGGGUUUCCCCUUAUUUUUAAGGACAGCGAUAGAUGACAUAAUGAAAUCAGGGAAUUGAUGACAAAAAAAAAGUUUUGCACUGCAUGGUUUGUAUGUGAAUGGAUAGGGGUUUGCUAGAUUUCUGAAGAAGUUCAGAUCAGAAUCAAUACACAAGUAUUUUUCUUGUCCCUCCACCCCCUCCUUUUUUUUUUUAAUAUUAAAAUGUCAAUGGAUCAUCUAAUUGCAAACACUUUAAUAUUUGUGGUAUUUCGUGUUGGGAGCAGCUUCUGUAUAAUUCAGCCAUCUCAACAUGUUCUUUCAUGUUUUUAAGUCCAGAGGUUCAGUACAAGCAUAGUAGGAAUAGGGAGGAAUUUAUAUUAAAAAUACACUCCAGUUCUCAUUUUCAGCUCUUUAGUAACAACCUGAGCCAACGGGCUGAGCAUGAGGUUUUUCCAUUUUGCUGGAAUCAAGGAACAUGAUGUCAGCAAUAAUCUGAUUCCUUUUACAUGUCUGUGGAGCAACUGAACAAAAACUGAAUGCAGUCCUCUUUCCCCCCCAUUUUUAAUCUACAGAAUACUAUGUAAAGGAUACAUCAUGCCAAUUAAACUCCAUUUCUGAAUGCA